UAAUUAUUUAAAAAACAAUUUACAGUAGGAAGAUGAGACGAGAUGUUUAAUGUUCAUAUGUAUGAAUUUGAAUCACCCCCAAUCAGACACAAUGAGAUUAGAUAAGAUACAGAGCCAUGUACCAGCUAAACCCCUCUAGUUACCUCAUCACCAUUCUCUAUGUGAUAGUGACUAGCCUUCCUCAUGGACACAAAAUAAGUAUUUAAGCUUCAUAGACAAAUAUACCAGAAAAUUCAGUGCCAAAUGGGGUAAUGUGACUGUAUAAAUGCUUUACACUAGUGUUCAUAAGACUAAGCAGUGACUCACAACCCAACCUCCCAGCCCAAGUGAAAUAAAAAGAGAGAAAAAAAUAAAAUAUUGAAUUUCCGAGUUACUUUUGCACUUUAAUCACGAGGAAGAAUAAUUACCAACAAUGAGCAACAAUAGUGGUCAUAUUCAACACUUAUGGAACAAGAAAACUGUCAGCCAUUCAUAUAAGACUUCUUGUGCAUUUUAGUUUGUGAGAUAAAGUACUACGGUAUAAGACAACACCAAGAUGGAGCACACUGAGCUCCUGCUGGAAAUGCAGCAGCUUGAUAAAAUACCGCUGACUGAGCGAGUAAAGCUGGCACAAAAGAGAAGGAAGCAGCAGUUAGCAAAUUAUGCAAAAUGGACAAAAACAGACACAAAUAGUAACAAAUCAAAACCUAAGAACAGAAUUCAUGUAAAAUUUACUCCUGAUAUACAAAUUAUGGAUAUUGCAGCGAGGGGAUCAUUUGAAGAACUGCGCACAUUUCUCAAAACAGGGGCUGACCCCAACAUGAUGAAUCAUGAUGGCCUUACAGCUCUACAUCAGUGUUGCAUUGAUGGCUCACUGGAUAUGGUAUCACUGUUAUUAAAACAUGGAGCUGAUGUAAACAUUACUGACCGAGAUCUGUGGACGCCUCUUCAUGCAGCUGCUACCUGCGGACACUUCAAGAUCGUCACUACUCUUAUUAAAGCUGGUGCAAAUAUAACAGCCAUAAAUGGCGAUGGUGACAUGCCCCAUGAAAUUACGGAAGAAGAAGUAACUCUACAAUAUUUAGAAAAUGAAAUGCUUAAGAGAGGAAUGUCACAAAAUACUAUUGAGGAGAUUCAUCUUGGGCCUCACAAGGCCAUGCUUAGAGAUAUUAACAGCCUUUUAAAAACUGGAGGGGACCUUGACCAGCCACAAGACCAAGGCAGCACUUUUCUCCAUGUGGCUAUUGCUAAUGGAUAUAAUGAUAUAGUACAAUUACUACAAGAUAAUGGAGCAUCUCUAACAGCACGUGAUGAAGAUGGUUGGGAACCUAUACAUGCAGCAGCCUACUGGAACAAUGAAGAAGCCAUGGACAUACUCCUGUCAGAUAUGAGGGUAAAUUUACGAACUUGUACAAGCAACAGGGAAACCCCAUAUGAACUCUGUGAUGAACCUGAAUUAAAACUAAAGAUUCUCCACAAACUCAGUGAGACACCAGAUGUGUAUGAAGUACCUGACAAUUUCGACCCUGAAAGUUUAAGCCAAAUAUAUGAAGAAAUUAAUUUGGAGGAAUGCAAUGAAAAACAAAUUAUUGAUAGCUCUGAGCACUCAAUAGCUGACAACAAAUCUUUUACACUCCAAGAUGAACAAAACUUUGCAGAAGUCGAAAGUGAAGAAGAAUUUCAAGAUUCACGGCACUCAAGCAUUGACGAUACACCUGCUACUCCGCUGAUGAAUAUACAAACAAUAGAACAUCCUUCAGAUCGUAGAAAUUCGAUCAAAGAAGCUAAGAACAAGGCUCUACUGAAGAGGAUCAGCAGUGAGAGGCUUAACAGCAUGGAGAAACAUAAUAUUGUGAGUAACAUUAACAAGAGAUUAACCGACUGUUCAAAUGGCAUCAAGGAGACUGUACCUCCUCCCGAUCUACCUCAAUUCACUCACAAUAAUAAUGUAGAGGAUGAAAAUCAUAACUAUAACUCUCUGUUUACUAAUAAUGUAGAACCUCUAGAUAUUCACCCUCCUUCAAGCCCCUCACCUGCAGCUCAAGCAACCAAUAAGACAGAGGAAGAUUCACGAUUACAAGAGUUUUUCUACAGACCAAGGAAGAAGACGGCAGCUCCACCUCCUCCUAAAGGCUCACUGUUGGAUCUUAAGAGACAACGCCAAGAAAAUCGUCAACUGCAAAAUCAAUAUCUGGAGGAAAAGCACAGGAGUACAGAACCAACGUCCACUUUUUAUGAACCAGCUACACUAUAUAACCCACCUCCUAGUCCAACCUUAUAUCAUUACCAGUAUAAGAUGGUUCUUAUUGAUGAUGAUGCUGGGAAUAAAUUCAUUAAGGAGAAAAAGUGCACCAUAAUGUAAAAAUUAAAAACUUUCACUCUUCACACA